AUGUCACAGCCAAUGGUACAGGAUCUUAGUAAUGUGGCAGAGAAGGCCAAUCAGACAAACAGGGAGCUGGCAAAGAGAGGUCAAUUGUUGGAAGCUCUUGAGAAUCUGUUGGUUGUUGAGAAGCAGACAAGACAGGCUGAGGAUGCUACAUCAACUACAAAGAUUGCAAUUGAGAUUAUCAAGCUGUGCUUUGAGGCCAAGAGAUUGGAUCUUAUCAAUGAGAAGCUUGUGCUUCUGUCAAAGAGAAGAGGACAAUUUAGAACAACUAUCAGCGGUAUUGUUCAAGAGGCUAUGACAUAUGUUGAUCAGAUCGCAGAGAAGAAGGCUAAGCUAGAGUUGAUUGAUACUCUUAGAACUAUUACAGAUGGAAAGAUGUUUGUUGAGAAUGAACGUGCUAGAUUGACAAGGACACUGUCAAAGAUCUAUGAGGACGAAGGAAACAUUGCAGAGGCUGCCAAGAUCCUGCAGGACCUCCAGGUGGAGACAUACAGCUCAAUGGAGAAGGCCGAGAAGCUAGAGUUCUUCAUUGAGCAGAUGCGUCUGUGCAUGAACAACAAGGACUUUAUCCGCGCACAGUUGAUCGCCAACAAGGUGAACCGCAAGACAUUGGUCGAGGAGCCACAUCAAGACCACAAGGUCAGGUUCUACCAACAGCUGAUCAGAUACAACACCAACGAAACCAACUAUUUGGAGAUCACCAGAUGCUACCUGCACAUCUACGACACUCCAUCCAUCCAGAAGGAUAUCGAGCAAUUGAAUGCCAACCUCAAGCUUGCAUGUGUCAACGUCGUCCUCUCUCCAAUUGGCAACGAACAAAGUGAUCUCUUGAACCGUAUACUGGGCUACAAGCCAUUGAGCAACCUUCCAAUCUAUAAGGCUUUGCUUGAGGCAUUCAAUACAUCAGAACUUGUUAGAUGGACUAACUUUGUGGAGAAGUUCCAGAAGGAGUUGAACACUCAGAAGUGCUUCGUUGGAGAUAAGAACUGCUGGACUGAUCUGCGCAAUAGAGUUGUCGAGCAUAACAUAAGAGUUGUAUCAACAUAUUACAAGAGAAUAUCAACAAAGAGAUUGGCAGAGUUGCUUGAUCUGACAUUGGAUGAGUCCGAGAAGUUCAUUUCAGAUCUGGUCUCCAACAAGACCAUCUUUGCCAGGAUUGAUAGACCCGCUGGAAUCAUACAGUUUGUUCCACCAAAGGACACUAGCACCAUACUCAAUGGAUGGGCCUCUGAUAUUUCAUCUUUGCUAGAGUUGGUCGAGAAGACCAACCAUCUGAUCCAGAGGGAGUUUAUGAUGAACAAGGUCAACUAA